UAAGCGUCGUCACGCCUGCGUCCCCACGUAAACGUCGUUAAGACGCGACGGUAGUUACGCACGGCGUUGAGUGUGUAGCGCUUGCCCAUUCAGCAUGGCUCCAUCACCGACCAAGCGCAGGGAGCGUUCGGAGGACAAACCCAGGGAACGAGGGAAGGAGAAGGCUGCUGGGAAAGAGGGAGCGGAGAAGGAGCGAGGCCGAGACAAGAUCCGCAAGCGCCGCAGCAAAUCCACCGGCAGCAGCAGCAGCAGAUCCAGUUCCAGCUCCAGCAGCAGUUCUGGCUCCAGCUCUGGCUCGUCCAGCGGGUCCAGCUCUUCCUCUGGUUCCAGCCACUCUGGGUCAUCCAGUUCCUCUCGUUCAUCUAGUUCAUCUGGGUCCUCUGGGUCUCCCAGCCCGAGCCGCCGUCGCCACGACAACCGACGCCGCUCGCGAUCAAAGUCCAAAUCACAAAAACGGAUUGAUGAGAAAGAGAGGAAGAGGAGGAGCCCGAGCCCCAAACCCACCAAACUUCAUCUGGGAAGACUCACCAGGAACGUAACCAAGGAACAUAUUCAAGAGAUCUUCUUGACUUAUGGCAAGAUCAAGAUGAUUGACAUGCCCCCAGACCGUUUGCACCCCAAUCUGUCAAAGGGUUACGCUUAUGUGGAGUAUGAGUCUCCAGAGGACGCCCAGAAAGCCCUCAAACACAUGGAUGGAGGUCAGAUCGACGGUCAGGAAAUCACAGCCACGGCUGUCCUGGCCCAGAGGAUACGACCUGUCCCAAGAAGACCGUCUCCUCCGCGCCGAAUGCCUCCUCCGCCUCCCAUGUGGCGCCGCACGCCGCCUCGCAUGAGGAGAAGGUCUCGGUCUCCACGGCGACGCUCGCCAGUGAGGAGACGUUCUCGCUCCAGGUCUCCGGGUCGCAGGCGACAUCGCUCCCGCUCCAGUUCCAACUCGUCCCGUUAGCGAGAUGCUCCAUUCUCACGAGUGGCUUGUCUUUUUGGCCCGCUCAUAUUUUAGUUGGAAAUGACAGAUAAAUAGUCCAAUUGUUUUCCCUUUUCUCUAGUACCUCAGGAUUGUACGUAAAAGCCCUGUCUUGUAACAUCGAUGUUAGGGUGGAUGUUUGGUUUUUAUUGCUUCUGUGUUUGUACACUCACUGGGUUUGUGCUAGAUGCUCCAUUUUACUGUGAUAUUUUUUUUCUUCUUUUUGUAAUGUGCUUUUGUUUUGAGAAAUCCAACUUUUUACUGGUUUGUUUAUGGGAUUAAAAAUCUGAACUUUUAUCCAAAAGUUAACAUUUGCUCACUGAAUUGCUUUUGUUAGUUACAUUAGCGGUUCCACAAAAUUAAUCUCUCAUGAUUGCAUUCUAAUCCCGUAAAAUCGAAUGAUCUGUAAGAUUGAAAACGGAAAAUCAAUAAACCAGUUUAACAACAAAAA